GUACUUCAAGAGGCAAAAGAAAAUUCAUAAUUUGCAUCAGAAGGCAACAUUUUGGGGCGGUUUGGCUGUGUACUCUCAUUAGUAUGAAGUAUUUUUUGUUUUGAGCAGUCUUAAAUUAUCCAAAGAACCAGAUUAUAUUAUAAGAAGUCAGAAUAAAGAAGAAUAUAAGGGUUUAUACUUGAUUGGUGUGUUCGUUAUGCUAGUAAAAUGCCUUCAGUAGCUCAGACAGAAUAUGGGAUUAGGGAUGUGUGGAAACAUAAUUUGGAGGAAGAAUUUCGAAGUAUGAGGCAUGUGGUGCAGAAGUAUAAGUUUGUAGCAAUGGAUACAGAGUUUCCAGGAGUGGUGGCUAGACCAAUAGGAGAAUUUCGUAGUACAGCUGAGUUUCAGUACCAGUUAUUAAGAUGUAAUGUAGAUUUAUUAAAACUCAUUCAAGUAGGCUUUUCAUUUCUGAGUGAUGAAGGAGACUCGGCACCAAGUAUAUGUACAUGGCAGUUUAACAUGAAGUUCAAUUUAACGGCGGAUAUGUAUGCACAAGAAUCAAUAGAUUUAUUGAGAACAUCAGGUAUACAGUUUGAGAAACAUGAUCAGGAUGGUAUUGAUGUCAAUGAAUUUGCUGAAUUGUUGAUGACCUCAGGCAUUGUUUUAACAGAGGAUAUUAAAUUUAUUUCGUUUCACAGUGGUUAUGAUUUUGGUUAUUUAUUGAAGUUAUUAACUGGAACUAAUUUACCAACAGAAGAAACAGAAUUUUUUGAAUUAUUACAACUAUACUUUCCAAACAUCUAUGAUGUAAAAUACUUAAUGAAAAGUUGUAAAAAUCUGAAGGGAGGUCUUCAAGAGGUAGCAGAUCAGUUAGAGAUUGAUAGAGUUGGUCCACAACAUCAAGCUGGUAGUGAUAGCUUAUUAACAGGGAUGGCUUUCUUUAAAAUGAGAGAGAUGUUUUUUGAAGAUAAUAUCGACGAUGCGAAAUAUUGUGGUCAUUUAUAUGGACUUGGAACAUCUUUUGUUCAAAACGGUACUAGUAGUUAUGAAAAUAAUAACAUUUCAAAUUCGACAGGAACAGAGGAAUUAAUUCCCACGGCAGUAUCAACGACGUCAUGAUAUUAAUCUCUCGCAAUUAAUCAUCAAAACAUCACCAAGUCCUUCAUCAGUUACCAUCUUAAUAGAAAGACAUUUUUAUUUUGUACAAAAUCUGCAUGCUUAUUUUUAGAGAUGAAAUUCGCUAUAAAAAUGAGGGCCAUGGUAUAUUGUACGUCCCUCUCUAAUUCUUUUAUGUGUAUAUUAGUUCCGUGU